UUCGUCGUUCCGCUGACUGCAUCCUGUGUGUUAUCAUGUGGGGUUUAGACUUUGACCGAGGCUCUUGAGCAGGAAGGCAGAGGACAUUUAUUCGAUUUCUCUGCGAGAACGGAAUGGAUGAGGUCUUCAACAUCAAAACAGGUUUGGAGGUAACGGAUUCUUAAAAUGGAGCGGUAAAGACACUUUACAGGACGUGUUUACAGGUGAAAAAGGACAGCAGCCAGCUUUUUGGUUGACCAUUUCAUUGGGUUGUGUCAUCAAAACAAGGAAUGUAUCGGAAUAACAGCUCCCGUGGCCUCUCCUCCAGGGGCUAUUCACCAGAGGAACCCUCAUCACGAUCAUCGACUUCCAGACCAAGUUCCAAAUCCAUUUACAUGCAAAGGAAAGAGUAUUCAGAGGCCAUUACAAAGCUGCCCGACAAUUUCCAGCACAGAGUUGAGCAUCUCGUCACAUGUGACCUGGAUGGCCAGCCAGUACGAAAUGUGGAGGAUGCCUUGGCAAGUCUCAAACAACUGGACUCAAAGGGAAAAGUGUGGGCCCAGGAUAUGCUUCUUGAAGUCCAGCGCAACUACUUACAGCUGAAUGACAUUGAAACCAAGGAAGAACUGGAUUCCCUGCCACUUGGCUCCAUCACAGGCACGCUUGCGGUUAUGGACAGCUGCGCCUACAACUCCAUCCUGACCAUCACAGUGCAUGACAAUCACCAGAGGGCUCCACAGGUUUUCAUGUUUCAGUGCUCAGAGAAAGGGGCUCAGGAAAUCAAGGAUGAUCUUGAUAAAGCUAUACAACAUGGAGGCAGUUUUGGGCCCGAUCCGGGCCUGCAGAGAGGUUUCAGAAACGAUUUGGAAAACAUCAUUGGCCAAAAACGCCCCGGAAGUUUCCAGAAUGCUGGGCCACCUUACUUGCCACCAGACAGAGCACCCUCUCCACCAGAUCAACCCCCACCAGACUGGAAUGACAUGAAUGGUUAUGAUGACCAAAGGAUGCCACCCCCUAUGUCUGGCUAUGACUCCCAGCCCCCAUGGCAGGACCCAGAGCCGCCACCCCCCCAGUAUGACUCCCAGCCCCCUCCCUCUGACACAGAGAGGAAUGUGGAGAUAUUGAACCAUGUGCUCAGUGACAGUGAGAUGUUCCUGGGAGGAGUUGCAGCUGCAGCCCCACCGCCAGAGGAGAACAGCAAGAAGAAGAAGAAGAAGAGCAAAAACAACGACGGGCAACGUAACUUACCACCAUUUGAGGACUAUGCCAUUUUCCUCCAGAAAAUUAAAUAUGGCUUCAAUCUUCUGGGGAAACUGAACGGUGAGAUCAACAACCCCAGUGCCCAGGACUUCGUCCACGUCUUUUUCGAAAUGUUGACCUUUGUGGCGCCACAGUACCCUAUGGAUAUACCACAGUCAGUGCUGAGCCCAUUCCUGACAGAGCCAGCACUCAUGCUCCUUAGUCAGACGGUGACCAAUGAGGAGGACCAGCUCUGGAGGGCAUUGGGAGAUUGUUGGAACGUGCCCAGAAAUAGCUGGCCAGGCGGUGACCAGAUACCUCCUUACACCCCUAUGUUCUAUGAUGGCUGGGAGCCCCCAGCACCUCCCCCACCCCGCAAUCAGUACCAGCAGGACCCCAGAGGCGGCAUGCAGAGACAGAGCCAGAGGUUCCCUCCCAGGGAUGACAUGCAGCAACACCCCGAUCAGAAUGAAAUGGGAUGGAAUUCACAACCCCCACGUUCAAAUGAGUCUCCCCAAUAUAUGCAAGUCAUCUACGACUUCAUGGCCAGGAACAGCCAAGAGUUGACUGUUAUGAAAGGCGAUGUGGUUGAGGUGAUAGACAAAUCUAAACAGUGGUGGAAGGUGCGCAACGUCAGACAUGAAGAGGGUCAUGUACCCCAGAAUGUUCUGGAACCUAUGGAAGAAGAAAGGGAGAUGCGGGGUCCCCCGUCUCUAAGUAUGUCAUCCAAACCAGUAGAUGUCAGAGCAUGGCUGGAAUACAAAGGCUUCUCUAAGCUAACCAUGAGGACUCUGGGUGUGCUGAGUGGAGAGCUGCUCCUGAAGAUGACGCGAGAUGAGAUUAGGAUGGUAUGCCCAGAGGAAGGAGGCAGAGUAUUCUUCCAGCUGCAGGCUGUCAAGUCUUCGCUUGCGUUGGCUGAUGAGGACAGCUACAACAACUACAAUGGAUACUAGCUAUUCAGAAAUAUAAUGCAUUAAUCGUGAUGCUGGCUGAUCCAACCUUGGGAACACUGCAGAGGAGCAACAAAUACCACACACUGUAAUAAUCACUGUUAUUCACUUGUGAUGUAUCAAAAUCAAAGCCACGUCUCCAAGCAGCUGACCUCAAGUACAGCACCCUUGUAAGUGGCUUUUAUUUGUUAGGUUUGGGUGUCCAUGCAGAAUAAUAAUGAAAGGAAGCAUCUGCUGAAAAGAUGUUGACUUUUAUGAAGUCAGAGGAUUGCUCUUGCAGUUUUUAUUUCACAAUACAAUUUCCAGAAGCAAAACAGAUCAAAUACAAACAUGACAAAAUGAAGUGCUCAUUCAUUGGCUUUAUACCAGGACAACAAAUAACAAAAUAAUACUUGUCUUCUGAAGACCUCAUAAAAUAUAGGAACUGUAUGGAAAUGUUCUUUGUACCAUCUAUAUAUGAGCUUCCAUUACAGUGAUGACUUCAAAGGACAUGUUUGUUUUUCAAAGUAGUUUCACACUUUCUUGUUGCCCCACGUUGCCCUUUUACCGUUCACUGGAGACUUCAUGAACUUGCUUGAUUUCAUGUACGCUGCUAUCUUUUCAAGCCCCUGUUGUGAGUAACCGAGAACAAAGUCAUGUAUAGACAAUAAACAAAAAAAUAUCUGUAGACAAAAUUAGCUGGUAACAGAAACAAGACUUCACAAUGCAGCAGUCACCUCAAAAUGGUCCAGAAACUCCUUAAGAUUCUUGAACUUAUCCAGACAUUUGGGUUCAAACAUACGAUGUUGAUCCAAAAGCUCAUACAUGAUAAAGUCCACAAAGGCAAUCUGAGUGAAUAGGAAAGAUGACAUGUUGUCUGUGAGUAGAGGGAUCCCAAAACCACACAUGCAUAUUGUACUGCACAUCUGACAUCAAGCAAAUCUGUUUUCAUUACACUACUGUAUGUUUAAAAGACAUCACAUUUGGAAGAAGUGUGGAUAUAUCCAAUAUUGGUUCAUGUUCACCUAAUCAUUACAUUUACAUUUAUCCAUGUAUUCUUUGAUUUCAUGACAUGCAAAUCUAACUGUUUAUAUGCAGAGAAUGUAAAUAUAUAAGAACUGCUAUAUCUCUCAAGCAUGUACAUGUUCAUUAUAACAUACAGUAGGACAUGCUUUUAUUUGAGUCGUGUUAUUGGCAAAUCCUUAUUCAAUGUGGAAACCAGUGAUGUAUUGUCUUUGUCUUAUAUUCUUGUCUAAUUAAACAAUUAUUAUUACCAUAA